AACCGUCGAAACAGCGUCAAACAUGCAGCAGCAGCAGGCAAAAUUUGCGGAACGCUUGUUCGUGGCAGCAUGAACGCCGUAUGCUGCUUCGACAUUUUCGUUGGCGGGACGAUCUGCGUGUCGGUGGCGUGACGCCUGACUUGUGUAGCAGCUCGAGAAGCUGGGAACUAUGUUGACGGCAGUGUUUGCGGCUGCCUGCUGGCUGGGCGUCUCGGCUGAGACGAUGGUGACGUCUAUCGAUGUAUCGCCCACCCCGGCAGCAUCGCCAGAGCAUGCCAUCACAACUACGACUUCAGCUGUGACUAAUGCCACCCGUAAAAGCAACACGACCAUGUUUUUCAACAUCGCGGGCAUGGAGCAGGCGAACGGAGUUGUUCUGCGCGCUUUCUACGUGAUCGUUGGCGUGAUGAUGAUCAUCCUUGUGUAUUUCGUCGUUCGAAUGGUGAGGUCAAGGUACAGGCGGAGUAAAACACGGAGGUACGGCAUCAUAGCCAGUCGCAGUGCCGAGCUGGAAAUGCAGCCGCUGGACCGUGCGGACGAUGAAGAGGAGGAAACGACUCUCUUCGAGGCGAACAAACGCUGAGCCUGGCAGCGUGGCCAAUGUGUCGUGUGUGCCUCCGCUGUUACAUAUUCCCUUUUGAACUGUCGGCAGGUGGUUGUAAACUGCUUUGCAGGUGCUUGUCUGGUUUAUCAUCUAGUCUUCAUCUGCCGGCGAUUUCUUUACGAGUGUUUCGCACUUGUAACAUCACCCUUUUUUUCCCUCUCUGGAAGGACGUGCAGAUCAUCCUUUGUAUAAAUUUAUUAUUGUUCCUUGUUUCUUUUUCUUCACUUAAGCUGAAGUGAAGGUGGCCAAAAAGAAUAACUGUGCUUUGGUGGGCAGACCGUACUUCAGGUUUUCAGCUGUGCAGUCUUCUCAGUAGUCACCUUUCAGGUGCACCGAAGAAGUCCUGUGUGGCUGACCUACCCCUAGUUUUCGGGAGAUGUAAAUUUUCCUAUUCUUUCAUUUCCUUCUGCCUCUUCUCAAGAGCCUCCGUUGCACAUUUGUGUUGCUGUGACUUCGGGUGGCACGAUUUUCAUUUGCACAUAGCGUGCUGAGGUUUGCCUAAUCUGGAGCUGCUAGCAUAAGGGAAUUUUCAACUUAAGUGUUAUGCUUUUUGCAGUGGUUGAUCACAUUACGGCAACUGCGAAGGUUUGCACAUCUUGCAAGAAACAUAACCUUUUGAGGACCACUCUUUCAUUGACCUAAGUCGGCCACUAUUGUACUUUGCGACUGCGGUUGGUUUGAGUUGUCAGCGAGUUGAUUUGCUAGCUGUAUUGCCAUCUCUGUUUAUUCCCAGAAUAUGGACAGUGAUGUUUUUAAACUUGGUCUUGUAAAAGCUUAGUUGUUAGCCUAUUACCCCUGUAAAACUAUAGGUUCAUCUGUUGAACUGUAUGAAAAAAGUGCAACCGUGAAUUAGUAUCAAAACCUAUCGCAUUUCUUAAAAUAUUACUGCAAUUUAACCGCUAUGCUGUGACCACAACUAUGAAGCUGAACGCUGUUCGGUAAGUUUCUUUCUUUAUGUGUUGCUAUGAAGCGCAAAUAAGAGAACAAAGGUAGCCACUUACGACAUUACUGAUUACUGCUUUGUGGUGAAACUAGAGUAUAUGUGACAGCUACAUCAUAUCAUAUUAAAUAUAGGCAUUGGCCCCUACUAUGCAUAUUUCAACUUUAUAUGACAGUAGGAGACUACCAAAAUUCUGUUUGGUCAGCUUUGCAGAGUGAUUUUGAUGUAAUUUCGUUACAAGACGUCUAGAGUUUCAUGUUAAGGACUCCUUAGAACAAAGUAAAGCAUUGCUUUUUGGGGUGGCUGUAAAUUUUAUUUUGUGAUAUCUUGAGCCUACUCCAACACACACAUAUAACAAUUCCAUUAUUAACAUGAAAGCCGUUUCAAAUCUGUCAAUGAUAUUUUGGUUACUGUGCCUCUCGGUUAACCAUGUUAAGGGGCAUUGUAGUCUUUGCCAGCUUCUGUCUUCCCCUUUCUGCAAAGAUGCCAUUUUAUGACAGUAUGACCAUAUCUUUCUUUUGUGCUGAAGAAAUGUGGCAUGGCAGCUGUCAUUCCUGUUGCUGCUUGUUCCACAUGUUGCUAUUCUCACGAUGAUUUUAACUGCAAGGUGCAACAUUUUUUUUUAACAAGACCUGACUUUUUCUGGAUUCAAGAAGAUGUAGUCAUGCAAAGACAGUCUUUUCAGCCAUAAAUAGUUUGACAGUGUUAGGGAUGCAUUAUGAUGCAUUAUCUCCAAACGAAAAACCUGCGCAGUUGUACACUGUUAGAAGCAUGCAAGGGAUAGUCAGGACAGGAAAUGCAAAUUAGAUCAUCGAAGAGGGCAACUGUCCUAUGUGAUGAUUGUGCUUUGUGCCUUUUUUGGUACCACAGAUAUGCACACUACCUGUGUACCUCGGCUAAUGAAACUGGUGUCCAUUAUGUAGAAAACACCCUGAGGCAAUUGUUUCUGUGGACAAAACGACGUAGGUGGUGUCAACUUGGCUACUGUGUUUCAGUUAGAUGUGGUGUUAGCACCCACAUCUUUCGUAAUUACUUAUUUUACACCUGGUACCUGUGAGUAGUCGUCUUAGGUAAACACUGGUGACUUCGUUCAAACUGUGCUCUCCGCUGGCGGAGUGGAUGUGUGUUCUGUGAGUGGCUGGCUGAAUCAAGCAACAAAAGGUGGUGUCUUGCUCCUAGUUCUGUUUUUUUCUUCCAUCUUGUGCUGUAGUUCAGCCACGCACAAUUUUCUUCUAUAUGCACUAUACUUUGUUAGAUGCUGGAAACAGCGGAUCCUUCAUGCACAAAAUAAAGGCAUUGUUU